UAAGCGAAAAAAAAAAAAAAAAGGGAGUAAAACAACAAAAAAAAAAAAAAAAAAAAGAAAGAAGAUUAAUUAAGCAUCAUGACUAAUAAUAUCAUCACUCCAACCCAAGACACCACACCCGAAACCUUUGACUGGGGCACCAUUAGCUUUCCUGUAACCGAAGACUUACUUAUUUCCAUAAAUACUAACACAAAGGACUUACAAUCUAUUGUCAAUGGUGAUGAAAUUGACACACAGCAACUGUUUGUUCCUGACCAAACAACUGACGACCUCGUUUCAAAUGACCUAAUAGAAGAAUGGAAUACUGAUAAAGAGAUGAAUGUUAAUCCAUUUCUCAAUCCUGACAGACCCUUUCGACCCAGUGAUGAAGAAGCCGAAACCUUGUUGCAUAUGACAAUACCAUGUUACCUAUACAACCUAAAGGAACUGAAAGAAAGACAAUUAUAUCUUCGAAAGGAGGAAACACUUAAUCUGAUACCUGUAAAGGAAAACAAAAAAAAAAAAAAAUUGAUAAAAACAAAAAAAAAAAAAAAGUUUUAAAGGUCCGUUUUUAUUUUGUCUACAAAUUUCAUUUGUCUACAAAUUUCGUUUGUCUUCAAAUUUCAUUUAUAAAUUCAAUUUUGUUACAAAAUCUUUUAUAUAAAUAGUCCACCUUUUCUUUUCCUUUUUCUUUUUGGAGUUCAAUCAGUCAAUAUAUAUUUUAUUUUUUUGAUAAUAAAAAAC